AUGUCUGACAAUGCCCCCGAGUCUCCCACGCCCACCUCCUUCGCGUCCGCAGACGAGGUCGGCGCGCUGCGAUCGGAGGUCUCUGUUCUCUCCGGGCAGUUUGCCCAACUGCUUGCCCGGAUGAACGCGGCGUGGCCCGCUGCUCCUGCCACUUCCGCUCCCGCUGCUGCCGCCGCUUCUCCUGCCGCCGCUCCUGCCGCCCCACCCGCUGCUGCCACCGGCUCGACUUCUGCCGCCGCGCCCGCCUCCACUCCCGCUGUUGCGCCCGCCUCGACGGCCAGCUUUGUUGGUUUUGCGCAAGCGCCGUCAUUUGGCGCUCUGGGAACCGCCUCUUUCGGAACAGCACCUGCUCACCAGUUCGCGCCGCCGCUGCCACCUCUGGACUCUCCAGCAGGUGCGCACCCAUCUCUUCGAUCUCUGUUCCCCGACGUCGAGCCGGCUGUGAUCCUCGCGGUCCUAUCUCACGAGCUCAAGGCUCAAGAUCUCUACAAGCUUGAUGCGCGCGUCAACGAGCUGGACGCGACCUUUACGCUUAACGCCAGCGGUGUCUUUGAGCGAAACGUUGCUGGUCACAAGCAAUACGCGACCCCGGCCACGGUCAUCCAUCCCCUCCACGUCUACUUCUCCAUCCUUGCUGCCCAUCUGUCGUCCGGUAGCGCUGUCCCAGCAGACAUCCGGAUGUCGGCAUCGACUUACUUCCAUCACUAUGCUCUCGGUGGAGUACGAGUGGAAGGCAGUCCUGCGCUACCACGAGCUCUUCUUCAACCGCCGUCGCGGUGA